AUUUUGCAUGAAUGAAAGAUAUAAAUUCUUAGAUUUGCUCAUAUUUCGUUCUUCUCUUUAUAUGAUGACUAAAUACACUGCUUAUUAUGGUACACUUGUUCACGCUGUCUCUAUGAGUCAGUUGGACAUCAUUUCUCGAGGUGUUUUGGUCGUUGACACUACAAAUGGCGUGAUUGUGAAUGUUGCUCAAGAUGUUCAAGAUGUAAAGGCCUUCUUAACUGCUCAUUCCUAUCAGGACACACAGAUCAAAGAAUUGGGCCCUGAGCAGUUCCUUGUGCCUGGCUUUGUCGAUACACACGCACACGCGCCACAAUAUAUGUUUGCUGGAUCAGGCAUGGAUCUUCCUCUAUUAGACUGGCUUAAUACCUACACAUUCCCCUGUGAGUCUGCUUUUCAAAAUAUAGAUCAUGCAAGUAAAGCCUACACCAAAGUCAUUCAGCGAUUCUUAGCGAAUGGUACUACGACAUGUAGCUGGUUUGCUACCAUUCAUUUAGAAGCCUGUCAGAAACUAGUGGAUAUCAUUUCAGAUCUUGGCCAGCGUGCCUAUGUGGGUAAAGUCAAUAUGGAUCAAAAUGCACCAGACUAUUAUGUCGAAUCAACCAGCUCCAGUCUACAAGACACACGCACAUUUAUUGAGUAUGUCAAGACCAAGAAUAACUCACUUAUCACACCUGUUGUGACACCGCGAUUUGCGAUUACUUGUUCUUCUGAACUGAUGCAUGGUCUAACUCAGCUUGCCAAUCAACACAACCUACCUAUUCAAACUCAUCUGUGUGAGAAUCCAGAUGAGAUCAAGCUUGCUUGCUCUCUUUUCAAAGCCAGUAAAGACUAUACCAGUGUCUAUGAUGAUCAUGGUCUAUUGAACGAACGAGCCUAUAUGGCUCAUUGUGUGCAUUUGACAGAAGAAGAAGUAGAUUUAUUAGUGGCCCGUAAGACAGGUGUAUCUCAUUGUGCCAAUUCGAAUUUCUCGUUGCAUAGUGGUGUGUGUGAUGUUCGUCGUCUAUUGGAGAAGGGAGUCAAGGUAGGACUGGGCACAGAUGUUGCUGGUGGGUUCUCGCCUUCCAUGUUGGAUGCUGUCCGUACAAGUUUCUUUGCUUCCAAGACUGUCAAGGUCAAACAGCGUGAUCUGUAUCAUAACCCUGAUUAUGCACCCUUAACACCUUCUGAACUAUUGUAUCUAGCCACAAUGGGUGGUGCUCAAGUGCUAGGCUUACAGCAUCAGAUUGGUAAUUUUGAAAAAGGAAAAGCAUUUGAUGCAUUAUGGGUGGAUUUGAAUGGUGGCACGAUUGAUUUGAUGGGUGGUGAAACCAUGUUACAGAAAGUGGAAAAAUUCUUAUUCCAUGGCAGUCAUUAUAACUUGCUGCAUGUAUUUGUUCAGGGUAGACGAGUCUCUGGCAGAGAAUAGUUCAUCAUGGUUUGGGCCUAAUUUUUUUUUGUUUAACUGUAUUUCAAAGUGAGAUACGUAGCUUAUUUCCUUAGUAUGAUUAGAGUUUAUAUAAAAUGGCAUUGAAUGAAAAAAUAAAACUCGAUAUGUCUUCUAAUAACAAAAUGCAAUAUGUUCGCCUUGGCAACACUGGCAUGAAGGUGUCUAAAAUCUGUCUGGGUUGUAUGGGCUAUGGUGAUCCUAAAUAGAAUGCUUCAAAGGCUGAAUGGGUUAAAGGUGAAGAGGAGUCCAUUGAGGUCAUUAAAGAAGCUUACAAUGUGAGUAUUAACUUUUUCGACAUGGCUGAUGUCUAUUCCAAUGGUGAAAGUGAACGUAUUCUCGAUAAAGCAUUGAAAGGAUUAAAUGUUCCUAGAAGUCGUGUGGUCA